CUUUUUUUUCUCAGCCGCGUAAUGGCUGCUCCCAAGACACAGGGGGCUGCUACCCAAGGAGAGGAGGACGGUGAUGGCAACCGUGGCGGAACUGGGGGUGUCAGUUAUGAGAACAGUAAGGAUUGUAUCCUGGAGCCGCUUUCCCUGCCAGAAAGUCCAGGUGGCACCACCAGUUUAGAAGGUUCUCCAUCUGUGCCUUGUAUUUUCUGUGAAGAACAUUUUCUUAUAGAUGAACAAGACAAACUUCUGAAGCACAUGAUCAUUGAACAUAAGACUGUCAUAGCUGAUGUUAAGUUGGUUGCUGAUUUCCGAAGGUACAUUUCAUAUUGGAGGAAAAGGUUCACUGAACAGCCCAUUACAGAUUUUUGUAGUGUGAUAAGAAUCAAUUCCACAGCUCCAUUUGAAGAACAAGACAAUUAUUUUUUGCUGUGUGAUGUUUUACCAGAAGAUAGAAUACUUAGAGAAGAACUUCAGAAGCAGAGACUGAAAGAAAUUCUGGAACAACAGCAACAAGAACGAAAUGAUAACAAUUUUCAAGGCAGUUGUAUGUUUUGCAAUGAGGAGUUCCUCGGAAACAGAUCUGUUCUUUUGAACCACAUGGCCAGAGAACACACUUUCAACAUUGGGUUGCCAGACAACAUUGUAAACUGCAAUGAAUUUCUGUGUACAUUACAGAAAAAGCUUGACAACUUGCAGUGCUUGUACUGUGAGAAGACCUUCAGGGACAAAAAUACACUUAAAGAUCACAUGAGGAAAAAACAGCAUCGUAGGAUCAAUCCUAAGAACAGAGAAUAUGACCGAUUUUAUGUCAUCAAUUAUUUGGAACUUGGAAAAUCCUGGGAAGAAGUUCAACUAGAAGAUGAUCGGGAGUUGCUAGAUCAUCAGGAAGAUGACUGGUCUGAUUGGGAAGGACACCCUCUCUCUGCUGUCUGCCUGUUUUGUGAAAAGCAAGCAGAAACAAUUGAGAAAUUAUGUGUCCACAUGGAGGAUGCACAUGAAUUUGAUCUCCUCAAAAUAAAGUCAGAACUUGGACUGAAUUUCUAUCAGCAAGUGAAACUAGUCAAUUUCAUUCGGAGGCAGAUUCACCAAUGUAGAUGUUAUGGCUGCCAUGAGACGUUCAAGUCCAAAGCAGACUUAAGGACUCACAUGGAAGAAGCUAAACAUACUUCACUGCUUCCUGAAAGACAGACAUGGGAUCAACCACAGUAUUAUUUUCCAACCUAUGAAAAUGACACUCUGCUGUGUACCCUGUCUGACAGUGAAAGUGACCUGACAGCUCAGGAACAAAAUGGAAAUAUCGCCAUCAUUAGUGAAGAUACAUCUAAACUGCAUGCUUUGAAACAAAGCAGUAUUUUGAACCAGUUGCGACUACAUGAGUCCUUGAAAAACUAGAAGAAACUGCCACAGAAGCAAUGUUUCAUGUUUUCUCCUGUGAGACAGACGCAAAAUACUUUAAAUUUGAACAUCAGCAAAGGAUUAGUCUUUGGUAAAAUAAACUUUUUUUUUUUUCUUUUUUUUAAUUGGCUGUCUUGGGUCUUCGUUGCGGUGCGCGGGCUUCUCAUUGUGGUGGCUUCUCUUGUUGUGGAGCAUGGGCUCUAGGCUCGCAGGCAUCUGUAGUUGUGGCUCGUGGGCUCUAGAGCGCGGGCUCAGUGGUUGUGGCACAUGGUCCUAAUUGCUCUGCAGCAUGUGGGAUCUUCCCGGACCAGGGAUUGAACCCGUGUCCCCUGCUUUGGCAGGCGGAUUCUUAGCCACUGCACCACCAGGGAAGUCCAAAAUAAACUUUUAAAAAAUGAAUUUUUUUCCCAAAAAUAAAGUAGAAACUAAAUAAAAUGAAGACUUUUUGUAUAUGGGCUCUAAAGUUUUAUUAUGUAAUCAUUGUAAAUGAUCUCAUUUCAUUAGACUCAUAUUUAUCUAUAAUAAGGAAGACGUGCAAAUCACAAAGAAGUGAAAUGUUCAAAUUAUUUAUAAACCUAAUUUCAACCGGUAGUUUCAGUCACUUCCCCACAGGCUUUCGUCAUCCAGCAAGUCACAAAAUUUGACAGACGUGUGCUUUCUGUACUACAUUGGGUCAGCUGUGAAUGUAGUGACCAAAAGAGGAGCCACAGAAGAGAGGAACAGUGGUCAAAGUCCUGGAUGAUGCACAAAUUGGACACUAUUUUGGAAAAAUCAAGAUCUGACUAUAUUAUUAUUAUUGCUUUCCACCUGGAGUUACUAAACUCCCUAGAAAUGGACAUCAAGACAAAUAACUUCACUUUCCCCUACAGUGUAUAUACGGCUAACAGAUGAGUACCAUUUUUUAAAAAACAACCACAAUACCAUCAUGACAUCUAACAAAAUUAACAAUAACUUCUUAAUAUCAUAUGUUUUCAGUUUUCCUUAGUUGUCUCAAAAAUGUCUUUUUAGAGUCUGUCGGCGACGCUGAAACGCUGCUGGAUCUGUGGGUGGAGCAUUUUUAAGGUCUUCUGCACCUUCUGACUGGGAAAAGAUGGUCAACGUCUUGAAAGGAGUGCUUAUAGAAUGUGACCCUGCCAUGAAGCAAUUUCUGCUGUACUUGGAUGAGUCAAAUGCCCUAGGGAAGAAGUUCAUCAUUCAAGACAUUGAUGACACUCACAUCUUCGUAAUAGCAGAGUUGGUUAAUGUCCUCCAGGAGCGAGUAGGUGAAUUAAUGGACCAAAAUGCCUUUUCUCUUACCCAGAAGUGAAAAUAUUAGAUAAUGAUCACUUAGGAAUUAAAAGUAACAAAUGUGAGAGGCUCACCAUUCGAUGUCUUGUGUGACCGAUUAGAUUUACAGAAUUGCUCGGAAGCAUGCGACAGGGAAGACUGUGAAAUCAUUUGUUCAUAAGAAAGCCCCUGAACUGACUUUCUUGUUCUGUUUUUUUCAUUGUGUGUACCCUAGAAUUUAAAAAAAAAAAAGCUUUAACAGUUGGCUGUAAUUUGGCUUUUAUUAACCUUUAUUAAAAUAUAAAUGUAAUUGGUUUUCCUACCUCUUAAUGCCAAUUUAAUACAUUAAGAAUAUAAUGGAAUAUGCUUU